CGUUAAAAAAAUUAAACACACAGAGCAACGGCAAACCUUACCCAAAAAAAUGGCGGCAACAAUAACAACCGCAACGCCAUUACACCACCGCCGCCAAUUUCUCUCAUCAACGAAGAAAUCAAGGCCGGUUAUUCCGUCAAAAAUUUCUUGUUUCGCUCCUCAUUAUUCAACCAAGUGCAGGAGGGACUACACGACCGUAAUGAUAGUACCGACCGGAGUCGGAGCAUCCAUUGGUGGAUUUGCCGGCGACGCUUUACCAGUUGCCCGUGCUUUAUCCUCCGUCGUCGAUUGUCUAAUCACGCAUCCCAAUGUGCUUAAUGCUGCAAUGUUAUACUGGCCUAUGUCUAAUGUGUUAUACGUUGAAGGCUAUGCUCUUGAUCAAUUUGCUCAAAAUUUAUGGUCUCUUAAGCCUGUUCAUCAAAAUAAAGUAGGAUUGGUUCUUGAUUGUGGAAUAGAGGAGGAGCUUCGGAUUCGACAGUUACAAGUAGCUGAUGCCACUAGAGCUUCCCUUGGUUUGCCUGUUGUUGAGUACAUUGUAACCGAUACGCCGUUGGAGGUAGAAAAGUGGGUUGAUCCUAAGAGUGGACAAUCAACUGGAAGGAUUAAGCAUCCUGGUUCAUUAUUGAGAGCUGUGCAGACUUUAGUCAACCGAUGUCAAGUGAAUGCUAUUGCUGUUGUUGCACGUUUUCCUGAUGAUGAUAUUGACGAUGUUGAUGAUUAUCGACAAGGGAUGGGAAUAGAUGUGUUAGCAGGAGUAGAAGCAGUUAUUAGUCAUCUAGUGGUUAAGGAAUUCCAGAUUCCUUGUGCACAUGCUCCUGCAAUGCUGCCACUUCCUUUGACCAGAGCUCUUUGUCCCAAAUCAGCUGCUGAGGAGAUAGGUUACACAUUCUUGCCCUCUGUGCUUGUUGGUUUAAGCAGAGCGCCACAGUAUCGGGUAAACAACUCCAAGUUUUUCGAGCGGGAUUGCCUAAUAGCGAGUGAUGUCGAUAGUGUUAUUCUUCCUAUAGAUGCUUGUGGGGGAGAUGGUGCUCUUGCUUUUGCAAGAAGUGAACGAAACAAGCCACUUAUAAUUGUUGUGGAGGAGAAUGAAACAGUCCUCAACAGCACACCCGAUAAACUUGGGAUUGAAGCGGUUAAAGUCUCAAACUACUGGGAAGCAAUUGGUGUAAUUGCAGGUCAUAAGGCUGGAAUAGAUCCAAAUUCUCUCCGACGAAACAGAAUUGGGAACAUUCAACAACAUACAUCCCUUACUCCAGCUAAUGGGUUUGCAGUUUCAAGUUUUCAUCUUUAAUAUUAUUUCAGAAGCCCAAAAGUUAGUAUUUUUUUCUUGCUAAAGUAUAUUUGAUAAUUUAAUACAUGUGAUUAUAGGUUAGCUGCUUAGAGAAUCAAUGUAAAUCUUUUAGCGCCAUUCUUUGUUAAAAGAAAGCUAUUAAUGUACAUUAGUUUGAUUUCAAA